AGAAGGGUACCAGGUUUUUUUGUUUUUUUCUUUUUACGCAAGACCUCCUGUCUCUAUCCCAGUUUGGAAUUCCCAAAGCAAGCUUUUUUCUUUUUUUUUAAUGUGUAUUUUGCAGAAUUAUUUUUAUUUUUGGGGGGAUACAGAAAGUUGGAUGUGGGAUCUUACAAGGAGAAGAGAGCGUACAGCAGCUGCCUUUUGAUUCAGUAACUUUGUGUAUAUAGCAGUGGAAUAUACAAGGAUACGCUGUACAGUCAUGUAUGCAUCACCUUUAUGUCUGACCCAGGAUGAAUUUCACCCUUUCAUCGAAGCCCUGCUCCCCUACGUUCGAGCAUUUGCCUACACCUGGUUCAACCUUCAGGCUAGGAAAAGAAAGUAUUUCAAAAAACAUGAGAAAAAAAUGACUAAAGAGGAAGAGCGAGGUGUAAAAGACGAACUGCUAAAUGAGAAGGCUGAGGUUAAGCAGAAGUGGGCAUCCCGGCUUUUAGCAAAGCUUCGGAAGGAUAUAAGGCCAGAGUUUCGUGAGGAUUUUGUGCUGUCCAUAACUGGCAAAAAAGCUGCUACUUGUGUCCUCUCCAACCCAGACCAGAAAGGCAAGAUGCGGAGGAUCGACUGCCUUCGACAGGCGGAUAAGGUGUGGAGGCUGGAUCUUGUGAUGGUGAUCCUUUUCAAGGGCAUUCCAUUGGAAAGUACAGAUGGCGAGAGACUGGUGAAAGCUGCGCACUGUUCUAACCCGCUGUUAUGUGUUCAGCCGCACCAUAUCAGCGUGUCUGUUAAAGAACUAGACCUGUACUUGGCCUACUUCAUCAGAGAGAGAGGUGAGAGAAACAAGUCCACCAAGCCUUCUUCCUCUAUGAAUCCCAAACAUCAGUCCUCCAAACCCACCCAGAAGCCCUCCUCUGCAUGA